AUGGCUGACUUUGAAGAACUUCAAGAUCCGUUCGUCGACGACGUUGGCGAAGGAGAUCUCGACGACAAUCACAGCGCGGCGUCUGGCAGCGAGGGCGUCGACGAUGAGGAACAGUUUGACGAUCCUGGGGAGGAGCUGCCUCCGGUCCCGUUCUCCAACGAUCCUAAUGCUAUCUGGGAUCACGAUUCAGUGCCGGGAGACGGCAACUGGGGCACCUGGAACACCGACUCAGAGGACUUCCAGGACACCGGCCUCUCCGCAACGCCAUACUUGAACGAUCACUUCGGCGUAUUCUCCUCGCGAAAUGGGUGGCUACGCCUGAGCGGCUGGGAGUACCUCACUUACCAGCGCGGCGCGCACAUCUACACCACGCUCGAAGAGAAGCAGGCAAUCCCAACCGUAGUUAUCGGUGCUCCUUCCGACCCGGGUACAUGGCCGGUACCCAACCCACCGAUCACCCGUCUCAAUGACGACCUUCUGCGGCUGGUCUUCUCGCUGCUUGGGCCCGGAAAGUACAUGGUGCCGAUUGCCGGCUUUUACAAUAGCGGUGCGCCGGGUCGCCGUUGUCUGGACGACGUCAUAAGCGUUCUCAAGGUUGGGCGCUGGUGGAACCACAGUAUGAUGGGCUUCCACACUUUAUGGGCCACAUUUCUUCCGGCCGCUAAGCACGAGGAGGUCCUGGAUAUCAUUCUCGAGCGUGCCGGCGGCUCGAAUCUUCGUGUGGCAUUCUGGGCCGGCCUACCGCCCGACAGGCUUUCAGUGCUCUUCUCUCGCGCGUCAGCUAUAUACGCCACGGAUGGGAUAGGCUGGAGGGCGUUCGACGGCGUGUUUGCAGGAAAGGUACUGCCAAAGCUGGAUGUCCUGUACCUGCGACCAUUCGAGCAGUACAUGCCCAGGACGGUCUUGCCAUCUCACAGCGGCUCACCCUUGCAUAUUCCGAAUGCGACGGUCGUCGAGCUCUCUUCGCCACUUGACUUCAUGGCGCCGAAUGCAAAAGAAGUGGGGCUGUCGUAUCAUACGCUUUCGCAGCUAGAGACGGUCCUCAGACCUGAGUUGUCCCCCACCCGGCUUGUGAUUAACCGACCCCGCGAGCUCGGCGCCAUCAACUGGACGGCACUUGUUGCUCGACUCGACUACUCUCGCCUACGUUACCUACGGAUUCGUGCGUUAGACUCGCAGGCCGUCCGCAUCGACGUAUCUGAGCAUGCGCGGUUAUUGACUCCAGAACUCAGUCAUAUCGACCUAACAACACCAGUCGCGCUCAAAGCACCUCAGGCAUUCCUCGUCAAGACCUUCAAUAUACUCGUCCAGGAGCUCAUAUUCUUGCUAGAGGAGAUGCCCGUGGUUCGUCAUCUCUAUGUCCGCUGGUCCGCAUCGCCGCUGGAGUUUGUCGGUCUUCCCCGGCCGCUCCUUCUUUCCAACUUGAGUACGGUCAAGAUCGCGGGCGACAUCUCGCGCUCCACUCUCACGUUCGUCUCGAGCAUACGCGCGCCUGCUCUCACGAGGCUCAACCUCUUUGGGCGUCUCCGUCGUGGACGGGACGAUGAGGCUGCGAGGGCUCUCAGCCAAUCCUUACAGACCGUGUUGUCCGAUCACCCGAACGAUCAGCCCGUUCUGCUACAGUGGCUCCGAGGCGCCCAUGUCACCCUCGCGCAAGCCCGCUACCAGGAGAUGGCGGAUACGCUUGCGUCCUUCUUGUACCCUGAACAUGGGUUUAAUGACCCGCCCAUAGAAGAGGUGCGGGCCACGGCUUUGGGAUUAGCAGACACGCUGGCACACACGUUGGCGGUCGUGGAGGCUGAGGGUCCCUCGACCCACGACGGGUACCUACUACGCGACAUAGUGCGAGCGAUGCAGGUGAUGGCGUCCCGUAACGAAGCGCCGCUGGACAGCUGCGACUCGUUACGGGUCAGGAGUGCGUUCACGGGUGGCGUACUUUUCGACGCGACGCUGCUCGAGGGAAAGCUCUGUAUGUCGCUUUUCAUGGUCAGUAGUUAUGGCACUCUGGGAGGAUGGGAUGAGAGGUCCUACGACGGCGACUCUUCGGCGUAUAGAGUGGCACGGGCCCUUUUUGGGCUGCAGCCGUUGCGCCCGCGUGUGUUGGACAUCGUAGACGAGCCGUUCAGCGAGUUCCUCGAGGCAGAUGGGCACGCGGACAUGGACCUGAUGAUUGAAGCGCUGGCUUCCUACGACGUGGUGCAUACGCUGGCCCUCGACUACAGUCGCACGUGGCGUAGGCCUAAACUGAUCUUCGCGGCGCUGAGGAACGGGUCAACACUUCCCGGCCUGAAGAAUGUGGCCAUCCGCUGCACGGUCAUCAGGCAACCCGACCUAUACCCCGAGUUUCAAAUGUCGCAAGACCUCUGGUUCCUGAUAACGGAGAUGCUUCGGGCGCGUGCAGAGGCAGGUAGACGGCUUGACGUUCUCGCACUUCAUGGCGCGUUCUGUAUGCGCAAGGCUCUUGUUGACGAAGCGGAACCUUGGGUAGGGAUGAUUGACCUGUCGCUUGUAGAGUGCAAAAACUUGGGCGGUCAGUCGCGCUGCGGGUCCUGUCGGUGGAGAUGA